AUGGGGCUUCUCCUCCCACAGCUUCAUUGGCCGGUGCUGCCACCACAACUCGUGGGCCUCUACUAUUCACAUGUUGCAUCUCACUUGUUCCCGCUGGCAGUAGGCAUUGUGGCACUCUACUACCUGUCUGCCAAAUUUGACCGGCAUCUGUACAAUAUACCAGGCCCCUUUUUGGCGAGCUUCUCCAGCUUAUGGAAGACUUGGGACACUUACAAAGGCGACUCCCAGCAUACAGCAAUCAAGCUUCAUCGUCAGUUUGGCCCUUUGGUUCGCGUGGGACCUAGACACGUUUCCGUUGGUGAUCCUGCAGCUGUCAAGACUAUUUAUUCAGUUAAUGGAGGCUUCACCAAGACUGCCUUCUACCCGAUCCAGGCGGUCCGCUAUCAGAAGAAGCCGCUUCUCAAUCUUUUCGCCACUCGCGAUGAGUCGUACCAUCGUCGGAUCAAGCGCCCAAUUGCACAUACUUAUAGCAUGGCGGCCCUAACUGCUCUCGAGCCUAAGAUAGACCAUGUGUCAAAGCUUUUGAUGCAAAAACUAAAGGCAUUCGAGAGCGCCAACCAAUCAUUUGAUCUCGGAGAGUGGCUCCAAUGGUAUGCUUUCGACGUGAUCGGGAAUCUUACAUUCUCUAGGACCAUUGGGUUCAUUGAAGAGUCAAAGGACAUUGACAACAUCAUUGGAUCCAUCGGAUCCUUCUUCAUUUAUGCAGCUGUUGUCGGACAGAUUCCGUGGCUUCACAAGCUACUCGCUGGUAACCCUCUCUUACCGAUUGUGAUGCCCGCUAUUGAGACGUUCAACCCGGCCGUCAACUUCGCUAUCAAAUGCAUGAACAUGAAUAAGCAAGGAGCGGCACCAGACCAGGACGAUUUCCUCGUCCGGUUCCAGAAGAUGGCGGAGGAGGGCUCUCGAGGAGGCGUCGACGGUGGCUCCUUUGGUGAUACCGACAUCAUCAACCAUACCAGCACCAAUAUACUUGCAGGGAGCGACACUACAGCUAUUGCCCUCCGGGCUAUCAUCCACAAUGUCAUCACGAAUCCGGUAUGCUACAACAAGCUGCAGCGUGAGAUUGACGAAUUAGACGAGGCCGGCCAGUUAUCAGAUCCAAUUAAGGAGAGUGAGACGAGACAGAUGCCGUAUUUACAAGCAAGCAUUAAGGAGGCAAUGAGGAUGCACCCGAGCGUGGGCAUGCUGUUGGAAAGGCAUGUGCCAAAAGGCGGUGCCACCAUCUGCGGCAAGUUCUUUCCGGAGGGUUAUAUUGUAGGGAUAAACCCUUGGGUUGUGGGCCGGGAUAGGGACGUUUACGGUGAGGAUGCCGAUGUAUUUAGGCCUGAAAGAUGGCUGGAAGCAGAUCCUGAGCAGCUCAAGGAGAUGGAGCGAUCCUCACUUGCAUUCGGUGCUGGGAGCAGAGUUUGCAUUGGCAAAAACAUAUCCAUGAUGGUCAGUAUCUACCCUUCCUUCCCCUUCCGUCUGGGAAUCGCCGCUGUUGAAAAUGCCCUUGAUUCGAAUUGGCACUGA